GUUAAUUUGCAUACAGGUGGAUCUGGACCAAGUGACAGUAAUGUAGAAAGAUGAAUGGUAAAACAAUUUGCAAUCAACUAUAUCUUGUGACGACACUGGUAAUGUUUGCUGGCAUUGUAGCAUCCAGGAGGGUUUUCUCAACCCAGGGAACGGUUGAAGCUGGAAAUUUUACCCACUAUAUAUGUUCGGUGCCUGGAGAUUUGCGAUUGAUAUUAGAAACAACAGAGGGUGAUGCAGACUUGUACAUUAGAGAAAGUAAUGUGAAAGCAGAUUAUGAAAAUUAUGAUCUAAACUCAGUCACAUGUGGACAGGAUUAUAUUGACGUUCCUGAAAGUUUAAUUCGUCCUCUUUCUGUAGCAAUUUAUGGACAUCCAAGUUUUAGUAAUAGUACGUAUGAACUAUCGGUAACGGUGCAUUCGCUAAUGAAAGAAGACGAUUAUCAAGCUCCAAACAAAGAAGUUUACAGGGAAGAAGAAGAAUCAAUUUUACUAAUAAUUUUGAAAUUUAUUUUUGAGUUUGUAUUAGAAAUCAUUGUUUAAACACAUUUUACAUAGGAUAGCAAAAUAAAGAAACAUAAAAAUUUUAAAAACCAGGUUUGUUGACUUGCCACCAUGUAGGCCUACAAUUUUUUUUAAUUAAGUAUUGAAAAUGUAAUUAUGCAUUGGUGCUUAAGGGUGGUGGUGGUACAAUAUUUUAUUUCAAGUACCGGUACUAAUAUUUUAAAAUUGAAGAAGCCACAUUUUUUUUGUAGGUUAGUGCUAUACAGUAUGUAUGUCAAUGGAACAUUUGGGUGAUUUAAAUGGUACUUUUAUAGAUCAGUGCUUCCCAAACUGUGGGUCAUGACCCAAUAAUGGGCCGACAAUAUGUUUUAGUGAGUUGCAAAACGUUCCUGUACAUGCAAAAAUAAUCAUGUCAAAGAAAAUAGGUAUUUUAAUACUAAUAGUGAUUGAUAAACUUUUAAAAAGAAAGAACGUUUUGAAGGUUUAUCCAUUGCUUAUCAUCGUUGCCUGCAAGUAAUUGUUUUCAUUUUGUCAACGGUGCAAGGCCGAUCACCACAAUGGUACCCAAUAAAUACUGUAAGCUUGGGAAGCGCUGGUUUGUGAAUGUUAAUUAUUAUGCUGCUCACUUUAAUGGUACAGACAAGUAAAUAUUUUAAUUAUUUGCCAAAUCAAUAAAAGCAAAUGUAAAAACUCAGUGAACAUGCCAAAAAAAAAAAAAAAAAA